AAGCGGGCACCAUGGAGGCACCCGGCAGGAUCCCCGCCAGCCCGACCCGCAGAGUCCAGACCAUCAUCCAGAACAGCCCCCUGGACCUGAUCGACACGGGCAAGGGGCUGAAGGUGCAAACGGAGAAGCCGCACUUGGUGAGCCUGGGCAGCGGCCGGCUCAGCACCGCUGUCACGCUCCUGCCCCUGGAGGAAGGGAGGACCACCAUCGGCACGGCCGCAAGGGACAUCGUCCUGCAGGGCCCCGGGCUGGCGCCUCAGCACUGCUACAUCGAGAACGUGCGGGGGACGCUCACCCUGCACCCCUGCGGCAAUGCCUGCGCCAUCGACGGCGUGCCGCUCCGGCGGCCCACACGCCUCACCCAAGGGUGCACCAUCUGCCUGGGCCAGGCCACCUUCCUCCGCUUCAACCACCCUGCCGAGGCCAAGUGGAUGAAGAGCAUGAUCCCAGCGGGGGGCAGGAGCCCAGCGGCUCUCUACGGACUGUCAGCAACCGGCAUGGGAAACGGUGGCAGCGGCACACAGGCAGCUCAGGGUGAGGAGGAGAGGAGCUGCGACCCGGCGCUGGCUCUGCAGGGCUGGUGGAAGGGUGAUGCAGGGCUGUUCCGUGGGACCCCAGCCUGGGAGCGGCAGCGCCUGGAGACCAUCCUGAACCUCUGUGCCGAGUACACCAAAACGGAUGGCACUGAGCCGGCCGACGUGCACCGGCUCCUGGCUGGUGAUGCGGAUGCUGGCCAGCGGGUGCCCAGGGGUGCCAUGACUCUGGGCCAUGCCUCCAAGGAGCUGCGACAGAGGGAGAGCCUGGAGAGGUCGGACGAGGAGAACCUGAAGGAGGAGUGCAGCAGCACUGAGAGCACCCACCAUGAGCACGAGGAGCUGGCAGGCCCCCGGGCCAAGGAGGCACAGCGGCUGGAGGAGGAGCGCGCCAGUGUGCUUGGCCGCCUGGACCAGCUGAAGGGCCACAUCAAGGAGCUGGAGCAGCAGCUGCAGGAGACAUCGCGAGAGGCGGAGAUGGAGCGGGCGCUGCUGCAGGGCGAGCGGGAGUCGGAGGCGGCGCGGCUGCGGCAGGAGCAGGAGGCGGUGCAGCAGCUGCAGGAGAAGCUCUCCAGCCUGGACGCCAGCAUCCGGAAGGAGCGGGACAAGGAAAGGGCAAAGGUUGAUGCUGAAAGGAAGGAGCUAGAGCAACUCCGGGCGCUUUACCAUGAGUCGAAGAGCCACCUUGAUAAGUGCCCCGAGUCAAUGCGGGAGCAGUUGCGGGAGCAGAUGCGAAGGGAGGCGGAGGCGCUGGAGACGGAGGCCAAGCUGUUUGAGGACCUGGAGUUCCAGCAGCUGGAGCGGGAGAGCCGCCUCGAGGAGGAGGGCGAGGCGGGGGGCCAGCAGCUCCUGCAGAGCCGGGCCGAGUGCCACCGCAGCAUCGCCCGCAGGAAGGAGCGGGUGGCUGCCCUGGACGCCCAGGCUGCCCAGAUCCGGCUGCAGAGCGCCCAGGAGGCCGAGCGCCUGGCCAGGGAGAGGAACGGCAUCCUGCAGCUCCUACAGAAGGAGAAGGAGAAGCUCGUGUCUCUGGAGAGGCGAUACCAGCUCGUCACAGGCGGCAGGAGCUUCCCCAAAAUGUCCUCAGCUCUCAGAGAGGAGACCCUCCAUAUCUCAGAGCCUUAUGAGCUGUUGGAGGGAACUAAGCCCCUGAGCCCCCUGCCAGCAGCAGCUGCCUCCUUAGCUUCUCCUGCCACCCGCUCCUACCCCAAGGCACAAGAGUACGUGACCGUUGAGCAGCUCUCGGGCAUCCUGGGUGGCCUCCAUGCCCCUGCUGCUUCCCCGCUGGGCUGCGCCCCUCCGGCUCCUUCAUCCUCAGGCUGUGCUGCUCCUCCUCCUCUUCCAUCUCUCUCUUCUCCCUCCGUCUCUGCAGAGAUGGAGCAGCAGCUGCUGGGGGGCCCCGUGUGGCUCCCAGCUCUUGAUUUAGAGAAGUGGUACCAGGAGGUCAUGGCUGGCUUUGAGACCUCCUCCUCCUCUGUCUCUCCUCCUUCUUCCCCUCCUCCGCUUCCAGCUAAAGCUCACUCCUCUCACAAGCCUCUCCAGGUCUAUCGUGCCAAAACGGAGGGCGACGCUGGUGCCCUUGCCCCUCGGAUGAAGACCGUGACUCCCUCGUCCUCACAGCUCAACCUCUGCGUGCUGGGGCGCAGCCCCUCACCCAAGCUGACCACCUGCCGUCCUGCCCAGGGCCCACCAAGCCCAGUGGGCAGCCUGCCCCGCAACCUGGCAGCCACGCUGCAAGACAUCGAGACGAAGCGCCAGCUGGCCCUGCAGCAGAAGGCUGAGCCGCUCCCAGCAGAGCCCUUGCAGCCGGGUGAUCUACCAGGUCAGCAGGUGAUUGAGGAGCAGAAGCGGCGGCUGGCAGAGCUGAAGCAGAAAGCGGCCGCCGAGGCUCAGUCCCAGUGGGAAGCCCUGCACGGGCAGCCCCCCUUCCCCGCUGCCUUCCCCCCACUCGUGCAUCACUCCAUCCUCCACCACCACCGUCCCCAUGGCAUCGGGCCCCGGGCCGAGGAGCUGGACCACGCGUACGACACCCUCAGCCUGGAGAGCUCAGACAGCAUGGAGACGAGCAUCUCCACCGGCAACAACUCUGCCUGCUCGCCCGACAACAUCUCCAGUGCCAGCGGGAUGGAGGCGGGGAAGAUUGAGGAGAUGGAGAAGAUGCUGAAGGAGGCACACGCGGAGAAGUCACGGCUGAUGGAGUCCCGGGAGCGGGAGAUGGAGCUGCGGCGGCAGGCGCUGGAGGAUGAACGCCGGCGCCGGGAGCAGCUGGAACGCCGGUUGCAGGACGAGACGGCGCGGCGGCAGAAGCUGGUGGAGAAAGAGGUCAAGCUGCGGGAGAAGCACUUCUCACAGGCUCGUCCCCUGACGCGGUACCUCCCAAUCCGCAAGGAGGAUUUCGACCUGCGGCUGCACAUCGAGUCCUCAGGCCACAGUGUGGACACCUGCUACCACGUCAUCCUGACAGAGAAGAUGUGCAAGGGCUACCUGGUCAAGAUGGGUGGCAAGAUCAAGUCUUGGAAGAAGCGCUGGUUCGUCUUCGACCGCAUGAAGCGCACCCUCUCCUACUAUGUGGAUAAACACGAGACAAAGCUGAAAGGUGUCAUCUACUUCCAAGCCAUCGAAGAGGUUUACUACGACCACCUCCGCAGCGCGGCGAAGAGCCCCAACCCCGCGCUCACCUUCUGCGUCAAAACCCACGACCGCCUCUACUACAUGGUGGCACCCUCGGCCGAGGCCAUGCGCAUCUGGAUGGACGUCAUUGUCACCGGGGCAGAGGGGUACACCCAGUUCAUGAACUGAGGGGGGGGGGGGGCUGUGCACCCGAGAGCCGCCGGAUUGACCGAAUUCUGAGCAGCCCAAGCAGAGAGGAUCUCCCGGGGGGGCCAUGUGCCAAGGGCUGUGCGUGCCACAGCGGUGGAGCCGGGCCGUGCCCUGCCUGGGGCGGCACCGAGCAUUGCCUGCUCAGCCAAGGGAAUAUUUUUUCUUUUUUUUAUGUUGACUUUUUAAAAACAAAAUUUAUUGGAAACAUAUCAAAAUGCUGAAACGUA